AUGCACAUAGCCCAAGGCCUCCAGGCAUGCGGCAGCGCUGACUAUUUGGCCUAUCCAUCGUGUCUUCAGUUCGUCGCUGGCGUAACACUCAGGGUAGUGCAGGUCCCGGUAACCGACCACACGAUCCUCGAGAGUGGACUACAUGCGAGGCAGAAAGAUGCCCUCUGUUUUUCGCGGAGAACACUGAAGAUCUGUUUCUCGAUCGACAUGGACUCUGUCGCCACUCUUGACGGUCUUCGCUGGGAGGCCAUCAUCAUAACCCCAUCUGAUAGGGCACUUGAAAACAACCAAUCCAGGAAAGGCGAGGAUCAAUGCUUGGCCUCCGUGAUUGAGUAG